ACCCCAAAUGCUUUCAUUGCCUAUCGUUUUAUUUUGUGGCUGAAAAAUAAAACCGGAGAGACGAGAAGAUAUACCAAAAAUUGCACCAAAUUCUAACACUGCGCCAUUCGAAAAUGGCCACUGCCAAUUUUUGCCGCCCCAAAUUCAUUCAUCAUCAACAACAACAGCAGCAGCAGCACCGGAGUUGCUUUCACUUCCCUACAAAUCUCUACUUCAGUAACCACUUGAAAAGCAAACGCAGCAAUGGAGCUCAGUCAGUACGACGGCGACAGCGGCAGCGGCGUAGUAGCUUACGUGUGCAGUGCCAAACAGCUGCUACUGACCUCGAGACCACAGCUCGCGCCGGGAAAGACCGUCUGUUGAAGGUACCAAUAUCAAAUAUAAGGAAUUUCUCAAUAAUAGCACAUAUUGAUCAUGGGAAAUCGACGUUGGCAGAUAAGUUGCUGCAAAUGACGGGAACUGUAGAGAGCCGAGACAUGAAGGAACAGUUUCUAGAUAAUAUGGAUUUGGAGAGAGAAAGAGGCAUCACAAUCAAAUUGCAGGCUGCUCGAAUGCGUUUCAUUUAUGAAAAUGAGCCAUAUUGCCUUAAUCUGAUUGAUACUCCAGGUCAUGUAGAUUUCUCAUAUGAGGUCUCUCGGUCUCUUGCUGCCUGUGAAGGUGCACUGCUUGUUGUUGAUGCGUCCCAGGGAGUAGAGGCGCAAACCCUGGCUAAUGUGUAUUUAGCAUUGGAAAACAAUCUUGAGAUCAUUCCGGUUUUGAACAAGAUUGAUCUUCCAGGGGCUGAUCCAAGUCGUGUUUGUCAAGAGAUAGAAGAGAUUGUUGGCCUGGAUUGUAGCAAUGCAAUAUACACCUCAGCAAAGGAAGGAAUAGGUAUUACUGAAAUUCUAAACGCGAUUGUUCAGAGGAUUCCACCUCCACGUGAUACUGCCGGAAGGCCUUUGAGGGCUCUUAUAUUUGACAGUUACUAUGAUCCAUAUCGGGGCGUUAUUGUUUAUUUUCGAGUCAUUGAUGGGACUAUUAAGAAAGGUGAUAGAGUGCUUUUUAUGGCCAGUGGAAAGGAUUAUUAUGCUGAUGAAUUAGGAGUUUUAUCUCCCAACCAGUUGCAAGUUGAUCAAUUGUACGCUGGAGAGGUGGGCUUUCUUUCAGCUUCCAUAAGAUCUGUAGCUGAUGCUAGGGUGGGUGACACUAUAACACAUUUCCAUAGAAAAGCAGAACAAUCACUACCGGGAUACAAGGAGGCUACUCCAAUGGUUUUUUGUGGCUUGUUCCCUGUUGAUGCUGACCAGUUUAGUGAGCUUCGCGAUGCGUUGGAGAAAUUGCAACUUAAUGAUGCUGCAUUAAAGUUUGAGCCAGAGACUUCAAGUGCUAUGGGUUUUGGAUUUCGAUGUGGGUUUUUGGGUCUUCUUCACAUGGAAAUUGUUCAGGAAAGGCUCGAGCGCGAGUACAAUUUGUCUCUAAUAACUACAGCCCCAAGUGUCGUUUACCGAGUCAAUUGCAUAGAUGGUGAUACUGUUGAGUGUUCAAAUCCAUCUUUGCUUCCCGAACCUGGAAAAAGACAGUCAAUUGAAGAGCCAUUUGUUAAGAUUGAGCUGCUCACACCAAAAGAAUAUAUUGGUGCUCUUAUGGAACUUGCUCAAGAUCGACGAGGAAUAUUCAAAGAGAUGAAAUAUAUUACCGAGAAUAGAGCAUCAAUCAUAUAUGAAUUGCCUCUUGCUGAGAUGGUUGGAGAUUUCUUUGAUCAGCUAAAGUCAAGAAGCAAAGGUUAUGCAAGCAUGGAAUACUCCUUCAUUGGGUAUACAGAAAGUGAUUUGAUAAAGCUUGAUAUUCUCAUUAAUGGUGAUCGUGUCGAACCCUUGGCAACAAUCGUACAUAAAGACAAGGCAUAUUCUGUGGGAAGGGCUUUAACCCAAAAGCUAAAAGAAUUAAUACCCAGACAAAUGUUUAAAGUACCAAUUCAGGCGACCAUUGGCUCAAAAGUUAUUGCCAGCGAGGCUAUAUCUGCCAUCAGGAAGGAUGUUCUCGCCAAGUGCUAUGGUGGAGACAUAUCGAGAAAAAAGAAACUGCUCAAGAAACAGGCUGAAGGAAAGAAAAGAAUGAAAGCUAUUGGUAAAGUUGAUGUACCACAGGAAGCAUUCAUGGCUGUAUUAAAACUUGAAAAAGAGGUCUUAUAAUUCCUUUUUUAUUGAAAAAGAUGUUCUCAUUGUAGUGACUUUGUAUAUAAAGGAACAAUUUAUUUUGUUAAUUACAGUUGAUUUUAAUAUAAAGACAGUCUGAUCACAAGCAAUUCAUAUGGAGUAGCUAUAUGGAAGCAUAUUAUAAAUAUUUCUUAUUUUCACAUAA